CACGAAUUAUUCGUAUCGGGUCGCAUCGCAUCGCGUCGCGUCGCGUCGUGUCGCGUCGCAUCGCCUAUUGUCACGUUCAUUUCCGGGUCGAAUGUCACACCGUGGCGGGCGAUCUUCACGUGGCGGGACACUACGCGUAAUAAGGUAGCGGUCUACCGCGUUCGAGUGGAGAUCGGAAGCGGAUCGCGACGUCCCCGACGUCGUCGACGCGUUGUCGGCUCGAUUCGGUUUCGUUGGCGCGCUCGUGCUUCCUAGCGUUAUCGUACGAUUCGGCUAUCUACACGGUGUGGGAUUAUUACACGGCGCAUCGGGCUGGAUCAACCGUGCGGAACGGACAAACAUUAUUGGUAAAUCGCAGCGUCGAGCUACCCCUUCCCGCAGAUCGCGCGAUGAGAAUGCGAGCGAUCGCUGGCCCUCGUUCGUGAAAAUCUACAUGGGUAACCUAACACUUGAUCGUCCUGCUCCGAAACUCCGCUGUUAUUGUUCGUCCCGACGUUGCACUCCCGCGAUCGAUGCAUCGGUGGAUUGAGAGGAUCCGUCACUUUCCGGGGAUUUCGUUUCGCACCGUGGCGACUGACGAACCGCAGUUGAUCGAAAUAUCACGUGUUGCCAUGUCAUCCAUGUGACACUGGCGAUUGGCUUUAUAAAUAUAUUCAAGUAAAUGAAUCGAAUGUUGCAAUGGGAUUAUGUGUCUCUCUGUGCGAUUGGGGUUCUUUUAAAUGGAAGAAAAUAAUUCCUCCUCGCAAUAUCGCACUGCCAGAAUCUUUGUUAGAGAAGCACUAUGUUUUGAUAGAAUAUGGUAUUAAGUUUUCGAGUAUCUGAGCUUCAGAUGCUUCUUGGUUUUGCUGGUAGAAAUAAAUCUGGCAGGAAGAACGAAUUACAAGGGCGUGCGUUGGAAUUAUUACGCUUAAGAUCGCAUCCAGCUAUUCGAUUAAAGAUACGUGAAUUGUAUAAGACAAUACAAGCGGAUCAAAUGGCAGCGCAUCAAAUGUAUAGUCAAACUGGUAAUUCCACCGAGUCACAAAUCGACCAAAAUAUGCAUAACAGAAAUUAUUAUUCGACAAGACAAGCGAUUAGUCAACAACAACAGCAACAGGCAUCUGUUUCUGCUGGGAAAGAGUUACCUCCGGCUCAUCAAGCAUCUAUGCCUCAAGCACCCAGGACCACUCCAGUAUAUCCGACAAGUGGUUAUACCAAUGUAACACCGCAGGUAUCACGAAAAAGGAGGAGAAAAAAACCAGAUAUUGGACGAAAAAGUAAAGCAACAAAGAACGCAAUACGCAGUCGAAAUAGAAAACAAGAAUCAACAGCAAGUAAUUCUACAUCAAGCAACGAACAGACAUCAGACAUAGCAAGAAAGCAAUUGUUACAUAAUUUAUGCAAUAAUACGCGUACUGCAAAUACAGGAUAUAAUCCAUAUCCAUACCCCACUAAAGUCUUACCAACACCAUUACAAAUACAACCUACGAGCCAAUAUCCGGUUCAUCCAGAUGUUAGACUGAAAAAACUUCCAUUUUUCGACUUAUUAGGCGAAUUAUUGAAACCUUCUAGUUUAAUGCCACAAGGAUCUAUGAGAAUACAAGAAAAUACAUUCUUAUUUCAUUUGACUCCGCAACAAGCAACUGAUAUUGCCAGCUCUCGCGACUGUCGUACUGGUAGUAAAAUGGAUUAUGUUGUACAAGUACAAAUGCGAUUUUGUUUACAAGAAACAUCAUGCGAGCAGGAAGAUUAUUUUCCGCCAAAUAUUGGAGUAAAAGUGAAUGGAAAACUAUGUCCCUUACCUAAUCCUAUACCUACUAAUAAACCAAGUGUAGAACCGAAGAGACCACCACGUCCUGUCAAUAUCAGCCCUUUGGUAAAACUGUCUCCUACAGUCGGGAACGAAAUCCGCGUUACAUGGUCGGCUGAUUAUGGUAGACGAUACGCAAUCGCGGUGUAUCUCGUUAAAAAAUUAACCAGCGCAGAAUUACUCAUUAGAUUAAAAAACAGAGGCCCAAGGCAAUCUGAUUAUACUAGAGGAUUAAUUAAGGAGAAAUUAAAUGAAGAUGCAGAUAGCGAAAUAGCUACUACGUCGUUAAGAGUAUCAUUAGCUUGCCCUUUAGGAAAGAUGAGGAUGUGUACGCCGUGUCGCGCAUCAACGUGUUCACAUUUGCAAUGUUUCGAUGCUUCUCUGUUUCUUCAAAUGAACGAACGGAAGCCUACUUGGAAUUGUCCGGUUUGUGACAAGCCAGCGCUCUAUGAUACUCUCGUGAUUGACGGAUAUUUCCAGGAAGUUCUUAAUUCAAAUAAGUUACUGCCAGACGUAAAUGAGAUUCAGUUGUUACAAGACGGUUCGUGGGAGAACUUAGUGUUGAAGAAAGAGAAAGAUAAGGAGAAAACUGAAACAAAAGAACCAGCUGAUUCGCGGGAUAAUAAAAUUGAUGUAGACACUGUGGAUUUAGAUGAAAGUAAUCCUACUACUCCAGCACCAAAAGAGAAGAAGCGCGCUGUUAUUAUUGAUUUGAUAUCAGAUAGUGAUGAUGAUGAUGAAGAUAACACACCGACUCAAAGUACAAAGAAACCAGCUAGUGGUAUUUCAUCGCCUAAGAAACCACAGACUAGCUCUAUUAGUAGUACGAGCGAAUCACCAGAAUACAUGAUAAUUGAUUUAGAAUAAACAAUUGUGUGAUAUUACA